UUUAGGUUUUCAUAUCAUGCAGGUCAUGAUUAGUGAUCCCUAGUCGUGACUGUUGAGACACUUGUGAAACAGCUUUCUAUUCACAGCAGCUCUUCAAUCUUAUAGCAAGAUGCAGAGGUGGGUUGUGUUUUUUUGCGCUCUCCUGGCCCUGGUCGGUGCUCAUGAGUGUCCAGAUGGAGGGAGAUGUAAAGACGGUCAGACCUGCUGUAACGACCCGAUCAAUGGCUAUGAAUGCUGCCCCUUUGAACAGGGUGAGUGCUGUGAGGAUCAUGACCAUUGCUGUCCUGCGGGAACACUCUGUGACACAGCAACAUCCAGCUGUGUGAACGCUACUGUGUCCGUCCGCUGGACAGAAAGAACUUCUGCCAAUACACCCAGACUCUCAAGAUCCUUUAGGAUGAUCAAGUCAUACAUCGGGGAAGAGGAUGACAACAUAUGUCCUGAUCAGUCGCGAUGCCCAGCUGAGUUUUCUUGUCUGAGGGCCUUGACAAAGUUUGGCUGCUGUCCCUUAGCUCAGGGAGUCCCCUGCUCUGACGGGAAACACUGCUGUCCAGAGGGCCACCAGUGCAGUGUCGACUGUCGCUCCUGCAUCAAAAAAGAGUUUGUAACCACAGUUAUGUGUGGUGACAAAGUGACCGAGUGUCCUGAUGGGACGACGUGCUGUGAAUCUUCAGAUGGCGGGUGGGGAUGUUGUCCACUUCCAAAGGCUGUGUGCUGUUCCGAUAAGAUUCACUGCUGUCCUGAAGGGAACACAUGCGAUGUCGAGCAAUCAAAGUGUAUUUCAUCCUCUACGAAUAAAGUGUCUCCGAUGUGGGCCAAAUUCCCUGCUCGAAUCAGAGCGGAGUGGGAGAACCAGAAAGAGGGAGAACAAGUGACAGCAGAGACAGUUCACAAUGACCCUGCCUCAGGAAAAACCCCUGAAGCCACCACAGUGAAUACAUUUCCCUCAACAAAAAAGGAAGUAUCGCUCUCAACCUUCACUCAGGCAGCCGCAGGUAAUGAUGUACCCUGCAAUAGUACAGCAUCAUGUCCAGAUGGCUCAACAUGCUGUAAAACCAAGGAAGGUGGCUGGGCUUGCUGUCCCCUACCGGAGGCGGUUUGUUGUGAAGAUUUUAUUCACUGCUGCCCGAAAGGUAAGAAAUGCAACGUGGCUGCGGGGACCUGCGACGAUGGAACGUGCUCUGUGCCAAUGGUCAAGAAGGCACCCACAAUCCCCCGGCAGGGUGCUCGAGUGGGUGAUGUUGCAUGUGACGAGUCAUAUAGUUGUCCUGAUGACUCCACCUGCUGCAAGACAACAACAGGAGACUGGGCCUGCUGUCCCUUUGCCAAGGCGGUCUGCUGCGACGACCAUGAACACUGCUGCCCCUCUGGCACCACCUGUGACCUCGCGACCCUCAGCUGUGAGCAAGGCUCAGGCUCUACACCCAUGCAGCAGAAGAUUCCUGCAUUUGCAACAAGGGCAUUCACUACAACGCAGACUGAAUCCCAACUCACAGAGGUGACAACCACGCUGCAAACAACGGCUCAGGGUGAGACGAAGCCGGCGGAGGACGAGGUGACAACAGACGACGGGGAGAAUAACAGUGGAGGUUGCUAUAAGUGCGACCCCCACACCACCUGCCCUCAGGGUACAACCUGCUGCUUCAUGAAGACACCUCAAAAGUGGGGCUGCUGCCCGCUGCCAGAGGCCGUGUGCUGCUCCGAUGGAAACCAUUGCUGCCCCACCACCUACAAGUGCAACGAGCAAAAGAACACGUGCAUUAAAGGAGAGGUUGUGAUUCCGUGGUACACUAAACUUCCAGCCACCACCAGCGUCCCAGCUAAUCCCGGGUCUGUGCAUUGCGAUGGUCAGACUCAAUGUCCCGACCACACCACCUGCUGCAAGCUGUCCAUGGGAGACUGGGGAUGCUGCCCGCUGGAGAAGGCUGUGUGCUGCCCAGAUAAGACACACUGCUGCCCAGAGGGUUACACCUGCGACCUCACCUCCAACUCCUGUCGGAAGCUGAUCCUGCUGGAGAUGGAGACAGUGCCGCUAAUUCCUGUGUUUCUGCCCGAGCCUCAACCCCAGCUGCCUCCUUUAGAGCACAAAGACGUCAAGUGUGACGACGAGACAAGCUGCCCGGAUGGAGAGACCUGCUGCAAGAUGUCUGACACCACUUGGGGCUGCUGUCCAUUUCCAAAUGCGGUGUGCUGCAGCGACAGGUUGCACUGCUGUCCCGCCGGCCUCACCUGCACUGCAGCUGGAGAAUGUGUCCAAAACACUGCGCUCCACUGGCAGGACUGGCACAUCUUCAUGUCCAACAAAAAGAGAGCUCUUAUAGUGUGAAGACAUGAUUUCAUCACUGUGAUAUUUUCCUGCAUGCAAAGCACUAAUGAAGAAGGAUGAAAAAGGGGGAUUUUUAGGCUUAUUGUUUAACGCUUUGUUCUGAGAGGUAUAGCAGCUAAAGGUAAGGGAGCACUGUGGAAUUGAAUUGCAUUAUUAUGGUUAGGAUGUUCAGUCCUGACGGAUUGCGCUGUUUAGUUAAAUAGAUCCUUGUUAUUCUACUUGAAACUCCACUCCAUCCAUAAAGAAAAACAACCAAAGCACUCCUCUGGCUAUGUGAUUUUGUGUCCUGUCAUCUGUUUCUCUGUGUUCUGCUGCUUUUCCUGUUUUGCAAAUGACGUUUCUCUGCAACUUGUCACAAUGAAGGGGCAUGCUUUUAUAUCUUUGAAUGUAAUAAAUUCAGAGUGUUUAGACAUAUGCAAUGAUUUCUUUCUUUUCAUCGAAUGGUGUUUUCAAAUAAAAAUCACUAACACACACGAGGCAAACGUUGGUAAAUGCAUGCUGGACGCAGCUCCUUCUCAUUUCGAGUUAGAGAAGUGUCUACAUAUUUCUCAAUAAAGAUCUGAUGUCACAACAUGG